AUUUUGGUUCCUUAAUUUCAUCUGACUUAACAGGUGGAAUACUACCCUUUAUUCAUCCAUUCCUCUGUUGAUGGGCAUUUAGUUUUUUCCCACAUGGAGACCUGGAGAGAUGACGUAAACAGAUUCAGGUGUUAUCGGGCCACCUGCAGUGGGUUUACUGCUGUUCCAUCUCGCCAGACUGCAGCAUGCUGUGUUCUGCAGCUGGGGAGAAGUCGGUCUUCCUGUGGAGCAUGCGGUCCUACACGUUAAUCCGGAAGCUGGAGGGCCACCAAAGCAGCGUGGUCUCUUGUGACUUCUCCCCCGACUCUGCCUUGCUCGUCACGGCUUCUUACGAUACCAGUGUGAUCAUGUGGGACCCCUACACUGGCGAGCGGCUGCGGUCACUGCACCACACCCAGCUCAACCCCCCCAUGGAUGACAGCGAUGUCCACAUCAGCUCCCUGAGAUCUGUGUGCUUCUCCCCCGAAGGCUUGUACCUCGCCACGGUAGCGGAUGACAGGCUCCUCAGGAUCUGGGCCCUGGAACUGAAAACUCCAAUUGCGUUUGCUCCUAUGACCAAUGGUCUUUGCUGCACAUUUUUUCCACAUGGUGGAGUUAUUGCCACGGGGACAAGGGAUGGCCACGUCCAGUUCUGGACGGCUCCUCGGGUCCUGUCAUCACUGAAGCACUUAUGCCGGAAAGCCCUUCGAAGUUUCCUAACAACGUACCAAGUGCUAGCACUGCCAAUCCCUAAGAAAAUGAAAGAGUUCCUCACGUACAGAACUUUUUAAGCCAGUCUCCAUAGUCUUACUUGUUUCCUCUGUAGCAGGAUAACUCUCCCUGACAAGUAGCUGGAGCAGUGGGCCAAACAUCCGGUCUUGGAUUGAAAUAGAAUUUCUCUUUGGGAUUGUGAACAGAAUGUAGCAAAACCAGAUUCCAGUGUCCUCGCCAGGGGUCUCUUCCCCAUGACGUGUGAGGGUCAGUCGCAGAAGAGGGAUUCCACUUCCGCAGUGACGGAGCCUGACCUUAACCUUCAGUCCGCUUACGCACAGCAGUGCUGGACCCCCUCUGGUCGUUUUGAUUCCAAGAAGUUUCCACUCCCUUGACUGGAGUGUGGCUUCUGCUGAGUGUCCGUCGUUGAUCCAGAUGCAGAGGAGGUGCUGGUUAAAGUUCUCUCCUGCUGGCCAGAGUCGCUUUGAUGUGGGCAAGGACUUUCCUUCCUCUGACCCACAGGACAGUUUUCCCAGAGCCGUCUAGUGUGAGAUAUGACUUAGCUUAACUGAAGUCCAGGUGACUCAGAGGCCGUGUUCCUGAUACAGACACUAGACUUGGCUUUUUUUUUUUUUUUUUUU